AUGCUCAACCAAAGCUACAGACUCAAGACCGUUCUUACUCUCCCAAUCAAGAACCUCGGUUCUUCCUUCUCUGCACACAAAGCUUGUAGCGCUUCUUUAAUCAACAAGACUCUCUCCGCUUUUGAUAUUCAAGCUUUCCCAGGUGUUACUGCUGAACAUCAAGAACCAACCUUCAUUUUCCAAUCAUCAUCAAAGACUACUGCUAUUCCAGAGAUCAAACCACAACAAAUCUUCACUAAUACAUUCUCAGUAAACAAGUCAUUCCGUCAUAAGACUUUGUUGACUGCCCAACCAGUUAGAUUCUACUCUACUCAAAUUGGAAGUGAAAAAACAUUGAAGAGAAACGAACUCCCAGAAGCUGUUCAAAGACUCGUUGAAACCGCUCCAAAGACUGGUUAUCACGGUGAUAACAUUAACGAAUAUCUUAAGGAAGGUGAUUAUGAUAAGCGUCAAUUUGCUUACUUUGUUGCCAACAGCAGUCGUUUUGUUGUUGCUGCUGGUCUCAGAUUAGCUGUUUUGAGAUUCCUUUAUUCUUGGUCCGCUGCUGCUGAUGUUUUGGCCGUCUCUAAGAUUGAAGUUGAUAUUUCCAACGUUCCAAAGGGUAAGACCAUCACUGUUACAUGGAGAGGUAAACCAGUAUUCAUCAAGCACAGAACUGAAGAUGAAACCAAAUCACUUGCUGAAACUGAUCUUUCUACUUUGAAGGAUCCACAAGCAGACUCUGAUAGAACUAAGAAUGAUGAAUGGACUGUUAUUUUGGCCAUUUGUACCCAUCUGGGUUGUGUUCCAGUCACUGAUGCUGGUGUUAUGAAUGCUUUCUUCUGUCCUUGCCACGGUUCUCACUACGAUGCUUCUGGUAGAAUUGUUAAGGGACCAGCUCCAUUGAACAUGGAAGUUCCAAAGCACUCCCUCGAUGGUAGUAUUCUUACUUUGGGUUAAAUCUUUUGAAAGCCAGGGAGGUUUUUCGAGGCUUGUACACAUAGAACUUUAUAAUAAAACUGAUUCAAAUUUCAUAAAUAUU